AUGCAGGGAUGCGUUGAAGAGGUGGUGCUGGACAACUUCAAGUCGUAUGAAGGGCAGGUACGAGUGGGGCCGUUCAAGAAGCUCACAUGCAUUGUUGGUCCCAAUGGUGCGGGCAAGUCGAACUUGAUGGAUGCCGUUAGCUUUGUUCUGGGAGUCCGUACGCGGCACCUCCGCGGGGAUCGGCUGCAGGACCUAGUGCAUCGCCAAGAGGCGGAAGGUCCGGAGGAGGUUGCGCGGCGGCGUUGCUCCGUGGAGCUGGUCUAUCGAUUCGAACGUCCUCAAGAAGGCUCCUCACAGACGAAGCGGUUUCGUCGGGUCAUACAGCCCAGUACCGAGGCACGCUACCAGAUCGAUGGACAGGCGGUGUCCCAGGAAGCGUACCUUGCGAGCCUCGAGGAGAUCAACAUCUUGUCCAAGGCCAGGAACUUCCUGGUGUUCCAGGGCGAUAUUGAGGCUGCAGCGCAUCGCCAGGGCAAGGAGCUGACGGCCUUCUUCGAACAGGUGUCAGGUUCCGUGACUCUGAACGAGGAGUACGAGAAGCUGGCAUCGGAGAAGGCCGCUCGGGAAGACAAAGCCCGUGACCUCUACACCAGGAAGCGGGAUGCCCAGCACGAGAAGAAGAGGAUGUCCCAGCAGAAGGAGGAAGCCGAGAGGUACCAGGAGAUGGAAUCCGACCGCCGUGCCCUGCAGGCGGAAUUCCUCCUCUUCCGCCUUUUUUCCGCUGAGUCCGUUGCGGAGGAGCUCUCCGCCGGGAUCGCGGAGGCAAGGAGGGAUGCCGAGGCUGCUGCGGUAGAGCGGGAGGCCACGCAGCAGAAACUCGGCGACGCAGAGCAAGAGCACCUCGAGGCUUCACAGGCCACCAUGGAUACCGAGAGGCUCGCAACCACUGCGCGACGAGAUCUGGACCAGCUGGGGCCGGAACAGACUCAGGUGCGAGCAGAGCUUCAGUCUGCCAAGCGGUGGUACGAGGAGCUGUCAACGCAAGCAGAGCUGGACGACCAGCGGCGUGUGCGUUUGGAGGGUCAGGCAUCUUCCCUGCACGAGAAGCUCGCAUCGCUCGAGGCGGAGCUGGAGAACGUACGCCAGGAAGCAAGGAAAGCCAUGCCCCUCAGCCCGGAGCAGUGGGAGCAGUUUCGGCAGGCGCAGGAGGACACCGAGCGCCUCACUUCCGCCAGCAGCCAGGAGGCGCGGGAGCUGGAGCACGAGCUUCGUGCCUUGGCCAAGCGCCGGGCCACGGCCGAGCGCAGCCGGCGGGAGGCCGCCAUGCGCGCCGAGCACUUGCAGCAGAAGGUGGAGGAUCUGACGGCCACCGCUCAGUCCGCGCGGGCCGCGCACGAAAAUGUGGCCGCCGAAGCGGCUCAGAAGAAGGGAGAAGUGCAGGAGCUCGCCAGAAAAUGCCAGGCUCUCCGUGAGAGCAGGCGCCAGCUGGAUGAAGAGCGGCAGCAGAUCUUGGAGGAGAUUCAAGACAUCACUGCAACGGAGCGCCAGAUCGAGAUGGAGAGGAGGUUGACGCGCGUGUGCACGGAGCUGUCGCACGCGGUGCCUGGGGUCUUCGGCCGGGUGGUGAACUUGUGCAAUCCGGUGCAGAAGCGCUUCCGUGUGGCGGUCAAUGUAGCGCUCAACGGUCACCUGGACGCCGUCAUCACCCAGUCGAUAGAUGGGGCACGCUCUUGCGUGCAACACCUCAAGGAUCGCAUGAUGGCACCGCUGACCUUCCUGCCUUUGGACAACCUGCGGAGCAUAGCCAUGGAGCGACGGCUCCAUGAGGCGUUGCAGGGCAGACUGAAGCUCCGACCGGCCCUGAACUGCAUUUCCUUUGAGUCCUCGCUGAGCCGCGCCUUCCACUGCCUCCUCUCGGAUGUCGUGAUCGCAGAUUCUUUGGAUGACGCACGCGACUUUGUCUUCGGUGUCCUGAAAGAGCUCGGCCUCAGGUGCAG